CCUGUGUGCAAGCACCUCAGGAUGGCCCGCUCUAUGGAACGAGUGGCAAAGAAGAUCUUUAAAGGAGUUUUAGUAGCUGAACUCUUGGGCGUUUUUGGAGCAUAUUUUUUAUUUAAUAAGAUGAACACAAGCCAAGAUUUCAGGCAAAUGAUGAGCAAGAAAUUUCCCUUCAUCUUGGAAGUUUAUUACAAAUCCAUUGAACAGUCUGGAAUGUAUGGAGUCAGAGAGCAAGAUCAAGAAAAAUGGUUGAAUAGCAAAAAUUAGGACCAGUCAUCACGUUCAGCCUCCCAUCUAAGCUGUUUGUGACCUUUGUGGGGUUAAAGAAAGAUGAGCACACCACAUUGUGGACUCCUGGCCCCACAGAAGAAAACAGAAACUUCUGGUCUGCCAUGGCUCACAGUCAUUUCCCAUCUAUUAUGCAAAUCCCUGCUUUUGUUUGUUGGUUUCCUUUGGCAUAUAUUGUUAAAGAUUACUGUUUAACAAAUAAAAGACUA